UAUAAAUAAAAGAUCUUUAGAAAUCAAAGUAAUUGCUACAGUAAAACAAAGACAUAUCAUCCUCAGCUCUACACACAACAUUCAAGCAGAGUGAUAGGUCAUAGUAGUCCGUUCUAAUGGCUGGCCAGAGAAAUGACUAUGCAAACCGAUCUCAUUAUCAACCUGAUUUCCCUGAAAGUGAAGGAGGUAAGAGAACAAAUCCAUCUGAUGAAAGGGAAUCACAUGGCAUUGGACCAGAAGAUACGGUGUACCGAUACCUGUGCCCUGGUAGAAAAGUUGGAAGCAUUAUAGGGAGGGGCGGAGAAAUUGUGAAGCAAAUGAGAUCAGAGACGCAGGCAAAGAUUAGAAUAAGUAACAGUGUGCCUGGAUGCGAGGAGCGAGUUGUCAUUAUCUAUAGUUCAAGUGAGGAAAGUAAUAAUUUUGCAGAUAGUGAUGAUCUUGUUUCACCGGCACUUGAUGCGCUCUUUAAGGUGCAUGAUAGAGUUAUUGCUGAAGAAGCACCUCCUGUUGAAGAUGAAUAUGAUGAAGUUCAGCAAGUUACUGUGAGAAUGCUUGUGCCUUCUGAUCAGAUUGGAUGUGUGAUUGGGAAAGGAGGACAGGUGGUCCAAAACAUACGUAGUGAAACAGGGGCUCAUAUCCGUAUCCUCAGUGGUGAGCAUCUGCCAAAUUGUGCAUUGAAUUCCGAUGAGCUUCUCCAGGUAAGUGGCGACACUAUAGUAGUGAGGAAUGCCCUCUAUCAGUUAGCAUCCUGUCUUCAUGAUAAUCCAUCACGAUCCCAGCAUCUACUUUUGUCUUCUUCCAAUCUAUAUAGAGCCAGUGGUGGGUAUAUGGGCCCAAAUCAUGGUGCACCUCCCAUGGGCGUGGUUUCUCUAAUGGGUCCAUACGGGAGCUACAAAAACGAUGGGGGUCUUAUUGUAAAGGAAUUCUCGCUUCGUUUUGUUUGUCCACCUGAGAAUAUUGGGGCUGUGAUUGGUAAAGGUGGUGCAAUUAUCAAACAAAUAAGGCAAGAUUCUGGUGCAUACAUUAAAGUUGAUAGUUCUGCUGCUGAAGGAGACGAUUGCCUAAUAACUGUAUCUGCAAAGGAGGUGUAUGAAGAACCAUCACAAACAAUUGAUGCUGCAAUGAGACUGCAACCACGAUGUAGUGAGAAAAAUGAGGGAGAUUCUGGAGCUCUUGUUGUCACCACUCGUUUGCUAGUCCCGGGCUCACGAAUAGGUUGUUUAAUCGGUAAAGGUGGCUCGAUUAUUUCUGAGAUGAGAAACUUAACAAGGGCAAACAUUCGUAUUAUAACGAUGGAAAAUCUUCCCAAAGUUGCAUCUGAAGAUGAAGAAAUGGUCCAGAUCAGUGGAGACAUUAAUGUUGCUAGCAAUGCUCUCUUAGAAGUAACCAAACGCUUAAGAGCCAAUCUGUUUGAAAUGGAAGGAUCUAGAGCGGGUGUCCCUUACCAUCCCAUGUCGAUGGACACGUCACAUGGAAAUCGUGGUAAUUUUCGUGGACAUGGGCGUGGACGUGGACGUGGAGGUCGACAUGCUUCUCACUCUAGCAGAUAUGAUCCAGAGUUACAGGCAGCUGACAAUUAUGGUGGUCCCCAGAACUCCGGGAGUGGUUAUGGAGCAUAUGGUGGUAACUCCGGACGUUCUGCUAUUUCGAAUCCAGUCUCUCAUGGGAAACAUCAUGGCUACUAGUUCCUGGUGAUGUCUGAAGCCCAUCCAUUUUUCCUUUAAUGAUGUAAUUAUGCUUUUAUUAGGGGACAGAUGUAGUUAGAGAAAACUUAUGAUAUCUCCUCCUACCGAAAUACCAUAAUCUCACAACUCUUUGCUUGUCUAAACCAUCUUUAUGUGGUUGACAUUUGUUUUGUAGGAAAUUUUUUGAUUUUUUAUUUGUAAAUUGCAAUCGCAGUUUUUCUUUUCUUA